AUGAAACAGUCCAAGUUCUUCAAUUCCAUCAACUUCCCGAAGAGGAAGAAGAGUACCCAAUUCCACACCCAAUCUAAACUUAAUGCAAGAUUUAUACACGAAGAGGUUAAAUUUCAAGCAUGGGAAAGUCACCAGAAAGCAAAACUUGAAGCAGAAAUGAGAAGAAUAGAGGUUAAAGUGGAAGAAAAGACGGCACAUGCACAAGCAAAAAUGUUGAAGAAGGUUGCAAUGUCGAGGCAGAAAUCGGGAGGGAAAAGGGCGGCAGAAGAAGCCGAAAAGAGCGACAGAAGAAGCCGAAAAGAGCUGACAGGCGGCACGGGUGGCGGCACAGACGAAAUACGAUUCCACCAUCAUCACCGCCACACCUGCUGCUGCGGCAGCACAGAACAAUAUAACAGUGACCCAGCAGAGAAGCUUCAAUGGAGGAUAACGACAUUAGAGACUGCUCACAUGACUAUUCCAUAACCUACUUUUAGGAUAAAUCUACAUAUCAAGAACACUUGGGGUUCUUGCAUUCAUGCCUCUACAAUCGUACAAUGUACAAACAUCAUUUAAUCAUUAAAUCCGAGUCAAUAGCUUGACAAAAACAUAGAGGUGGCAAUGGGUCGACAUAGGUUGAGUUCGGUUUCAACCCAUUUAAUAAUUGAGUUGAAAAUUUGAACCCAACCCAACCUGCUUAUUUAAAUGGGUUGAUAUUUCCAACCCAACCCAAUCUUUUAGAUAAAUGGGUUGUCACCGGGUUGACUUGUUUAUGUUGUUUAUGUAGUUCCUAACCAAACCUAUUAAAUAAAUAGGUUAAACUUCGGUUAACCCAUUUAAAAUCCAU